AGGAAGACACAAAGUAGUUUCUCCUCCUUUUCACCCAGCCCGCCAUCGUUCGGAGACACGAGAUUAAUAAUUGAGCAUUUAUUUAUUGCGCGAUAGAGACAGAGGGGCGAGGGAGCGCAAACGCACUGUGAGGCUGCCAGUUUAAAUCUAUCUGUGGCUUGAACGACCGGGAAGCACGCUACAGCCACUCCGUAGUAGUAAAGGCGAUUUAGGCUACUCCAAACACUGCACAUCCGCGAGAGCAAAUAACUGUCUCUCCCUCAGCGUAAAGAUUGUCCCUUUCGGCGCAGAACAUGAAUAAGCUAUACAUUGGCAACGUAAGCGCAGAGGCGAGCGAGGAGGACUUCGAAACUAUCUUUGAGCAGUGGAAGAUUCCGCACAGUGGUCCAUUUCUUGUCAAAACUGGCUAUGCGUUUGUGGAUUGCCCGGACGAGAAGGCAGCAAUGAAGGCCAUCGAUGUUCUUUCAGGUAAAGUUGAACUUCACGGAAAAGUUCUCGAAGUGGAGCACUCGGUCCCUAAACGUCAAAGGAGCUGUAAGCUGCAGAUCAGGAACAUCCCGCCUCACAUGCAGUGGGAGGUUUUGGAUGGUAUGCUUGCUCAGUAUGGUGCAGUACAGAGCUGUGAACAAGUAAACACUGAUACAGAGACUGCAGUUGUCAAUGUUCGGUAUGCUACCAAGGACCAGGCGAGGCUGGCAAUGGAGAAGCUGAAUGGAUCUAUGUUGGAGAACUAUACCUUGAAAGUGUCCUAUAUCCCAGAUGAGACGGCGGCACCAGAGGGUCCUCCAGCAGGGGGCCGGAGAGGCUUUAAUGCCCGCGGACCCCCUCGGUCUGGCUCUCCGGGUUUGGGCGCCCGGCCUAAAGUGCAGUCAGACAUCCCGCUACGCAUGCUGGUUCCCACGCAGUUUGUAGGGGCGAUCAUUGGCAAGGAGGGCGCCACUAUCCGCAACAUCACCAAACAGACCCACUCAAAGAUUGACAUCCACAGAAAAGAGAACGCAGGUGCUGCAGAGAAACCCAUCACUAUUCACUCAACCCCUGAAGGCUGUUCGAACGCUUGCAAAACCAUCAUGGACAUCAUGCAGAAGGAAGCCCUUGACACAAAGUUUACUGAGGAGAUCCCACUAAAGAUCCUUGCACACAACAGCUUUGUGGGAAGAUUAAUAGGUAAAGAAGGACGCAACCUGAAGAAAAUUGAGCAGGAAACGGGGACCAAGAUCACAAUCUCACCUCUUCAGGACCUAACCCUGUACAACCCAGAACGGACCAUCACAGUAAAGGGCUCCAUUGAGGCAUGUGCAAAAGCUGAGGAGGAAGUGAUGAGGAAGGUCAGGGAAUCCUAUGAGAGUGACAUGGCUGCUAUGAACCUCCAAUCCAACUUGAUUCCAGGCUUGAAUCUGAAUGCUUUAGGUUUGUUCCCCACUACAGCACCAGGCAUGGGUCCCUCCAUGUCCAAUAUCACACCUCCUGGAGCCCAUGGUGGAUGCUCAUCAUUUGGACAGGGACACCCAGAAUCGGAGACUGUUCACCUGUUCAUUCCUGCACUUGCAGUGGGCGCCAUCAUUGGAAAACAGGGUCAACACAUCAAACAGCUGUCACACUUUGCCGGCGCCUCAAUCAAGAUCGCCCCUGCAGAAGGAAUGGAUGCCAAGCAGAGGAUGGUCAUCAUUGUCGGACCACCAGAGGCUCAGUUUAAGGCUCAGUGUCGAAUCUUUGGCAAGUUAAAAGAAGAGAAUUUCUUUGGACCUAAGGAAGAGGUGAAGCUGGAGGCGCAUAUCAAGGUUCCUGCCUUUGCUGCUGGACGAGUUAUUGGGAAAGGCGGGAAAACGGUAAAUGAACUGCAGAACUUGACCUGUGCAGAAGUGGUGGUACCCCGGGACCAGACGCCUGACGAGAACGACCAGGUUAUAGUCAAGAUCAGCGGACACUUCUUUGCAUGCCAGCUGGCCCAGAGGAAGAUUCAGGAGAUCCUAGCCCAGGUGAGGAGGCAGCAGCAGCAGCAACAACAGCAGCAGCAGCUUAAGCCUACAUCUGGACCCCAACCUCCAAUGCCACGCAGGAAAUAAACAUCCAGCGGACCUGGAGGAACGGUGACAGAAUCUGCCAGAAGACUCGACAGAAGGACAGAUGCAGCAGAGUCCAGGAGGGGGAGAAGACGAUGACGGCAGUGGGUCCUAAUGCUCAUCUCAGGGGUUAAAGGUUGUUGGAGCCCAACCAAACAUCCUCCCCUCCUUGUCUUACUUGGGACUGCGUGGCUGAUUUAAGAAAGAGGGGAAAAAAAAAAAAAGAGACCCUGCGCCUCUAAAAGCUCCACCCACUCCACCUCUCUGCAUCUCUGCGAGAAUGUACUCCUGAGGGCUCCCACCGUCGUCACCUGCCCUCACAAGUGCGCACCCCUCAACCGCUCUACUCCUCCCCCAAAGGAUGUGUUUAAACUUGUAUUUUUUGUUUUCUUUUUACACUAGAAACACAAAGAAGAAAUAAGGACCCCCGCCCCCCUCCUAUCACCGCCUUGGUGUUGUACUUUAAACAUGACAAGAUGUUUUGGUUGACUUCAGAUUUAGUGAACACCUGGUAUAUAUUUUUUUUUCUUGACGUUUAAUUGGUUGGUGAAGCUUUCUUAUGAGUUUUCUCUGGAAAGGAAAAAGGCAUUGCU